AUGGAUCAACUUGUGGAGGAGGCCGAAACUCUCCAUGAUCGUAUCGAUGCUGCGAUCAAACUUCUGCCGAGCUCAGAGGCUUUAUAUUUUGCUCGUGCUUCUACUGUUCCUUCCUUUUCUGUCACUUCUUCUCCUCAUCAUACCCAAGACCCUAACCCCACCCAUCAGCACGCGCAGGGUACAGAGAUGGAAAUCCGGAGCCAUCCCUUGCCUCAGGAACAACAGCAUUUAGAAGAUCUUGGCGUUGUCGCGCCAGCUGACCACACUACCUUACCCACGCGCGUUUCCAGCGCUGCCCCAGGAUUCAGCGUACCCCCACAGCCCCCCUCACACCCCCCACUUUUGGCAAACCCAUCAUUACCCUCUUACGAUCAGCUGAAUCCAUUUCUACCCUCCUCUUCCCAUACUAAUCCUGUUUCCUCCUUUAUGGAACAGUCAUUGAAGCUACCUGCCUUUGAGAUACCGACUUUUCACGGCGACGUCGACAGGUUCUUCGAAUUCUGGGAUCUUUUCUCGAUGGCGGUGCACAACAACCCCAACGUGCCCGCGCCACUUAAGUUCAUGUAUCUUAAGGCGCACCUCAGAGGACCUGCCGCGAACAUCAUCGCUGGCUUUCAAUCCACGGCAGAGAAUUACGAAGACGCAGUACGCACACUAACUAAUACCUACGGCCGGCCGGAGAUUCUCCGCAACAGACUCUGGGACAAACUGAUGCAAUUGUCACCUGCGUCGGAUUCGUCAAUGUCGCAACGCGCGACACUUUGUGGCAUCAAAGCCAUAUGGGCCCAGUUGAAACAUCUCAAGGAGGACUCCAGUGCAAUCGGCACGCUUAAGAUCAUACGUGCCAAGUUUCCUCGACGUACGCGUGAGAAGAUAGGCGAAUUCAAGAAGAGAGGAGAUUCGAUGUGGUCUGUAGACGAAUUAUUGGAAACAUUGGAUUCUAUCAUCGACAGAUUAGAGAACAUAGAGGAUGCAGAUCCGUCGGACUACCAUUCCUAUAAUUCCCAAUCAGUAGUUCGCCAACACUCUCCUUCUCCACGCAGAUACCCGAGCGUGAACCAGACUGAUCCUGCGUUUACGCGCUAUCGAUCUUCAUCCUAUUAUCCCAGACGUCCAUCUACUUCACGUUCACCAUCACCUUAUAGUCGUCGCGACAGACCGCCAACGCCCUACUAUCCACGACGCACGUCGCGUAGCCCUAGCAUAUCACGCGCGCAACCUGAGUUUCGUUGUGCCUUCUGCAACAGCUAUCACCCUUCAGAGCGUUGUAGGAUUGUAUCAGAGAUAGCACAACGUAGGAUGAUUGUUAUUCGUAACAACCUCUGUUGGUUAUGCCUGCAAUCAGGCCACACGUACACGCGCUGUGAUGCGCCAUUAUGUUCUUGUGGUAGGGUACAUCAUAGGGCGCUCUGUCAGGACUAUGUACGUUUACCAAGAUCGCCAACACCACCGGCCAGACGAAGCUAUUCGAGACCGCGCUAUGCUAGCUCGCCUAGACGUGUGCAGUUCGAUAGGGAUAAUUAUCCUUCGUCGUCUCGCGCAGGUGCAUCACCAACGCGCAGAUAUUAUUCGAAAUCAAUCUCACCAUCUAGACGACAGUCUACUACACCUCCAUCUAGACGCGCUACUUCAGCACGCAGGUCCCGUAGUCCUACUUCAGCAGUACACAGUGCCACCUGUACUUCUCAGUCACCUGAUACUGCCAUGUUAGAGCCUCGAUUCGACCACCACCAAGCUUCUGUAGGCACUCAUUCUCCAUCAUCGUGCACAUCGGUGUGCUACGAGAAGUCAUUGCAACAGGAGCCACGCCUCAUGGUAGUUCAUGCUAUAACCAAGAAUUAUAAUCUAGACGUGGACGAGCUACUAACAGUUUUUCUUGAUAGUGGCUCACAGUAUGGCUUCAUUUGCACCUCAUUGGCCAAACAUCUAGGCCUUACGUUCAGAAACACCAAGUCCAUUACGACCCUGACGUUCGGUGGACACUCGUUCACAGAGAGAUCGUCGGAGGUCACACUCGUACUUUGGGAUCAGCACAACCAUCCGGUGGAGCUCGACCUCUGGACGCGCGAAACCAUUACGACGGUCCCACGAGCGAAUACUCAAAACGACACGGACAUCGUCGAUUUAGGAGAUAGAGUUGAGGUUGAUGUACUUAUCGGUAUCGACAACUACUGGCACAUUGUGGAUCUGCACAAGAACGAGAGAUUACCAUCAGGCCUCACCUUGUCGCAGACUAGAUUUGGUCCAGUCCUAUCUGGCCUGAAGUGCCCGGCGACGUCCAAUACCCUUGCAACGAUCUCGACUCUUUUCGCGGACGACGAGCCAAGGAAUGAACAACUCCUACGUAGCCUCCUUGGUCUCGACCUGCUUGGAUUAGAUGAAAAAGAAGAUGCGGAAGAUGCUAAAGUCGUUCAACAAUUUUACGACACGGAUAUAUGCGGCUUCCACGCGCAAGUACCACGCUUUAUUUGCUAUUCUCAGCACGACAUGUACGAUUUAGUUGUGUGUUCUGACGCGUCAAAACGCGUCUACGCUGUUGCCAUCUACAUCUUGGCACAACUAAGGAAUUCUUCGACUAAGUCGUCCCUGCUCUUUGCCAAGGCAAAGUUAGCACCAUCUGGCGCGAUUACGAUCCCGCGCAUGGAACUACUUGCCUGCCACAUGGCUGCUAAGAUGGCACGAUUCGUGGUAAGCCAGCUGAAAGUUCGUUUCCGAUCUGUGAAAUUCCUUACCGACUCGCAGAUAGUCCUUUAUUGGAUGCAGUCGCGCAAGCCCUUGAAGACCUAUGUGCAGAAUCGUGUGAAGUACAUCGGACGCGUGCGUGAUGAAUUUAAAAAGGAACAAAUUGAUACCGGAUUUUACUAUUUAUCUUCGGAACUUAAUCCUGCGGAUUGCGCCACUCGCGGGUUAACGGCAUCACAGUUACAAGACCACAUGUGGUGGAAUGGACCGAGUUUUUUCAGAGUACCUUUCUCACAGUGGCCCUGCACGAAGUUUCAGCCAUCGUUCGGUUUGCCUGCUGGUGCAGAGACGGAGGAACUUCACAUACCCAGAAUAACAGCGGCAUCCGCAGUCGAAACAAAAGGAGGAUAUAAGUCGUUUAUUCGGUUCACGCGCACCAACUCUUACGCGAAGCUAGUACGUAUUACAGCAUACGUGCUUAAAUACCUUGCUAAGUUACGCGUUCGAGCUCAGACGCACCAGAAUAUUCGACACCGGACUAAAUCGAUUCUACUCGGCACGAUCGACACGACACCGACCAUAACGGCGGAUGACUUUACGACAGCCGAAUUAGUGCUAAUACGUGAGCACUAUCGCGAAAGUGAACUACAGAUGCGCGCUUCGUAUGUGAACAACCUCAAGAAGAUAUACGAUACGGACGGAAUCAUAAGGGUCGAUCUUCGCAUGGCACGUCUGACGUACAACAUGCCACAGAAGAUCGUGGACUCGUCGAGCGAUAAUUAUCACGCGCUACAGACGCGUUACAAAGAGUUACAAAGCGAUUUGGACAGCUUCUGGAACAUCUGGCAGCAGGAAUAUCUAGCUGUAUUAGCGGAGAGAGAAGCUAAGCGCGUCAAGGAUCGCCCUACUACGAGUUUUCCAAAAGUUGGAGAUGUUGUACUCAUUCGACAGGACGCGCCGAGGUCAAAUUGGCCACUUGGACUUAUUUUAGAAUUAUACACGUCCUCAGACGGCAAUACGAGAUCAGCAAAAAUCAAGACCGGCAAGAGACGCGUAGUAGAUCGUUCCAUCAGUCACCUACUACCUUUAGAGGUGGUAGCAGAGAAUGAAGAGGCCCCCCAACGCGGAUAUCAGAAACAUUUGCUACUGAAGGACAAUUUACAAGGAACUUCCAAGGCCUGA